AGCACAACUCUCUGGAGAGAGAGGUCUCUGCUGUACACUCACUGCAGCUCAUAGUGGACCUGGACUGUACAUGCCUCCACAAUGUUAAGGAUUUGGCUCCUGGUACUUUGUGCAGUCUCCCUCCAACUUUGGACACAAGGAUAUACGCAAGAGCUGACUGAAGUUUUUUGCGAUGACAAAGAUGUUGAGGCCGCUGUGGAUUUGGCCCUUGUACACCAUAAUGGAAUCCUUCCGCAUGGCAAUAAGCUUGCACUGUACCAAGUUGUGAAGGCUUUAAAAGUUGUGAACGAGUCAGGCACCUUGUUAUCUCUGCAUUUCUUUGCAAGAGUGUCUGAUUGUCCAGUAGGGGGAGACAAAGCUUGGCGAGACUGUGACUACCUGCCACACGGUGAUAAGAUGCCAAUGACAUGCACUUCAGAGGUACACAAAAGUAGCCUUGAAGACAGUCCAAAGGUUAUCUCAGUUGAUUGCAAAGCUAAAGUUGAGCCCUGGAUUUCUGCUGACCGUGCCCCAUGUCUGGGUUGCCGUGAAGAAAUUGAUAUUGCUAAUGAGGACCUUAGGGAACCACUGUUAUAUUCUGUGGCAAAAUUUAACACAGAAAACAGCUCCAGCCAUCACUUUAUCCUGAACGACAUUGCAUCAGCCACACGACAGGUGGUUGCUGGAUUCCGGUAUGACCUUCAGUUUGAAAUGGUUAAAAGCAACUGCUCAAAAGGUGAUUUCAAAGAGGUUACAGAUGAUUGUCGCCCACAUGACACAGAGAAGGAGUUUGCAAACUGUAAUUCUACAGUUUAUAUUGCCCCUUGGAGGCGUGAGGAGCCUGAAGCACACAUGAACUGUGAACCAGGGCGUCUUAUGACCUCCUUUUCAAGGAGGAGGCCACCUGGCUGGUCUCCCUUAAGACACUUCAUCUAUGCAGCGAGGGUCACUCCGACUCCAGCUACAACUUCAGUGCCAAACCCAACUGCUAAAAAGGAGUCAUCGGAGGAGUCUCAGGAAAUCACCGCGCAGACUCCCAUCCUUCCAGUUGUGGACACCGGGGUCGCAGAUGUGCCCCCUGAAAAUCCAGGCCUUUCACUGGAGCUUCCGCUAGCAGAACCAGUCAGCCCAUUCCGCUGCCCGUCAGAGCCCUGGAAGCAGUUUGUCUCCACCACUACCCCACCUCCCCCUCAGCAGGAGCCCACUGCUGCCUAGGAACUUGUGCAAGCAGAUGAGGGGUUUAGUGAUUCAGACUUGUUAGCAUAGAAGCCUCCUAUGAGGGAUGGUAUGGAGUUACAGCAUAAAUUCUUUGUAGAAAACAAGAAAUAAAGUUGGAUCAAUAUACUUUGUUACUGACUUAACAGAUGAAAAAUAAACUAUCCUGGUGA